UUCAAACAUCCGUUCGCGUUGGAGAUUACUACUCAACGUACUCAUGAAUGAACAAAUGAAGAAAUUACAGUGAAUCCAGCAGCUGUUUUUAUUCCGAGAAGAUUUUUAUCGCAUUAGUCUCUUGGUCAUAAUGAUUAUAAAAGGACUGUUCGGAAGAUAUGAAAGGUGGAACCCUGUUCAUCCGACUUAUGGAGCAUUUUGGGGCAUGGGUGUCGGCAUUGGCUGUGGUGUUGGAUGGGGUCCAGGAUUUGGUCCUGAAGUGGUAGGCUAUGUUGGAGCUGGCUGUGGUGUGGGUUUCAGUGUAGGUAUCACUCUAGCUGGCUUUGGUCUGGGUCUUCCUAUUAACUUCAUCUUUCAAGCCCCUUUUCAAGCAAUUACAGCAACAAGAGGCUCUGCAUUGGAAUCAGCACAUUUCAAUGGUUUUCUUUCUGGAAAACAUGUUGCUGGGAAUAGCUGGAGUGGAAUUGCAAGAUGUGUUUCUUACCUGCAUAGAGAAGCUGCGGAGAAAUUAUCUAGCUUUAGGCAAAGGCAGUUAUUGAUCAAGGGGAAAGAUUGAUAGCUUCAACAGAUCCUUCGUUUCCAUUAGUUGCUGAAGGAAGCGAAAUUGACAACCUUCAGUCUUUCAGCACGAGGCUAUGCACUACAGAAUGUAUUUUUGUCUAGAUUUUUAGACAAGAUGCUUGUCUUUUCCUUUUCUUUAAUUGGUUCAUGUGCAUAGAGUUAAUUCAAAUCAGUUCAGUAUUUUACUACUUUAUAAUGAUGAUUUGGUAUGAGUUAUUUUACUUCUCAAGAGCCCAUACCAAUGUAAUACUAACUCAAUCCUAACAAACCUUGUACAUCUCUAGCUUUCAUACAAAUACUCCCAAGGGUUAUUAUUUAUUACUGUAAACUA